AUGGCAGCCGACAGCAGCGUGGCUCCUGAAGGAAAACCGAGCACUACUCCAGCGAAAAGGGCUGUCCACAAGAUCCGAAUGGCCAGCCUGGUCUUCAGCUUGGCACGAGGUUGGCAGCAGUGGGCAUCUGACCACCACGUGAAGCAAGCCCAAGAGCCCUCUGGAUGGAUGCCCUCUGAAGAAGACUCAUCAACUCAGCCUGCACAAGAAAAACCCUUUGAAAAAUGGCCAAUUCCAUCUGUCAAGAGGGACCAAGGAAAAGACGAUGAAAAAUCCUCAGCAAAGGACUCGGUGAUGAUAAGAGCAGCUGAAAAAGAUGCAAGGGAAUCAGAUGAAGCCCUCAAAAAGUUCAGCAUUAAAAGCAAAGAGGUGACCAAAACAGUUGUAAGCAAAGCCUACGAACGAGGAGGUGAUGUUAGCCUCCUCAGCGGAAGAUACGAGGAUGACAGAAGUAGCUCAGAAGUGACCAAGCGCAAGGAAGAAUCAAGUGAUAUCGAUAAAAUUCUUAGCAGCAAAUUAUCUCCAACCAUAAGGAGAAAGUGUUCAAACGUGGUAUCAGAGCUGACCAAGGGCUGGAAACACAUGGAACAAGAGGACAAAGAGGGAGCGAAGGAAGACCUGCUGCUUAAGUGUCGGGAUGACAGCCUGGAUGCAGAGGACAGUGGCUAUGGGGAAGCAGAGGACAAACUCGAGCAAGGAGACAGUGACCAAGAGGUGACAGCCGUGAGGAUUAAACGACCUGUGCCAUCUUUGUAA